AUGUCUUGGGCAUGUACGGGGUCAACGUAUUUUCGUGUACAAAUUCUAAUUUUCAUUUUGACAAUCCUGCAGCACAAUCCUUCGGCAUAUAAUAUUAAUUCACACAACGGGGAGGUAUUCAGAGAUCCUGUGCGUGUAUUUAGUGGACGUGGAAGUUACUUUGGAUUUUCGGUAGCUUUGUACGUGGGUGUGAAUGAAUCUUUACUACUCGUCGGAGCUCCGCGAGCAAACUCCAAUGCACUGCCGUUCGUGACAGAGCCGGGAACGGUCUUCAAGUGUGCGAUGAAUGGUAUAUGCAAAGAGUGGGUGAUUGAUAAGACCGGGAACGGUCCGCAUCCUCACAAGAGACUGAUCAAUCAGAUAAAGGAUUUUGCUUGGAUUGGUGCUACCAUUGCUGUGCAGAACAGUACGGAGGCUAGAGUUAUGGUUUGUGGACCGCGAUGGAUAAAUAAUAUUAUAAAUGACAACAAGCCGAAUUGGUAUAUGAACGGCAUUUGUUACACGACACUGGCUAAUAACGCUAAUGCAUUCGAAAGACAAGCGGAGGAGUAUCUCUUACCUCUUUCAAUCCCUGGAAAUCAAAUCACGACUAAGAACAGCAUAAACAUUUUUAACCAUGGAGUGGGACAAGCCGGCUUCUCUUUACACAUGAACUCGCAAUAUACCGUGAAUGUCGCAAUAGGUAGUCCAGGCAUUUACAAUUGGAAAGGCGAUGCAAUAUUAAUUGUCGCCCCAAUGGAUGGUUCAUUUUCGCGCACGGUAAUUCCCUCGCUGGCUAGAGAGCCGCGGAUUCAUAGUUACAAUUAUUUCGGGUAUGCUAUCACAGCGGGUACUUACUUCAAUGAGCAAGAUGUUUGGUAUGCUUCUAGUGCGCCACAAGCCGCUAAUAUACACGGAAAAGUUCUCGUGUUUACCUUUCCCCCUAAAACUAAUCAGCGUAUGUUUAUUAAAACGAUACUGUAUGGUCAACAAUAUGGUGAGUACUUUGGUGCUGCAUUAGCGUCAUGCGAUAUCAACAAUGACCAAAGACAGGAAUUAAUCGUCGGUGCCCCACAAUGGUCUAGAGACAUGGACGAGGGUCAUGUCUACAUUUUUACAGCGCGACACAAUAAUAAUUUAGAAGAAUUGCAAACGCUCGAAGGCGAUAUUAUCGGAGGUAAAUUCGGAUCCACCGUGAUGUGUCUGGGUGACAUCGAUUACGAUGGCUACGGUGACAUCGCUGUGGGUGCACCCUAUGAGGAAGAGAGCGGCGGUGCGGUGUACAUAUUCAACGGAAACAGAGACGGUGUUUCUCGGAAAUACAGUCAAAGACUAGUCGGCUCGCGAUUCUCGCCGACGAUACGGGGAUUCGGUAUCUCUAUCUCGGAACCUCGAGAUGUGAAUCAUGAUAAUCAUUCCGAUAUCGCUGUGGGUGCAUAUCUAUCCGGCGAAGUGGUUUUGUUGAAAUCCGCGCCAGUUGUGACGGUAAACGUGACAUUGACGUACCUGCAAAAGAUCAAAUUGUUGAGAAACACAACAACCUUCAAGAUCGAUCUCUGGAUGUCUUACGAUGGCACAUACGUACCCGAAUAUCUGCGAGUCACCGCAGUCUUGAAGAUUGAUCCAUUGCAUGGCAGAGCUACGUAUCGGGGACAGAAAAAUAACGACGAACUACAGACUUACAGAUUGCAUUACACGCUAUUUAAAGCUACGAUUACAAGUCAUCUUCUUGAAAUACAUCUAAUGGAGAAUAUUCAAAAUGUAAUAGACCCGCUUGAAAUAUCAGUGUCUAUGCAGCUGGAAAAUGAUCUUCAUGCAAGAAACGAAAGCUCAUUAUGCACAUCUUGCGUCGUGAUAAACAAGCUCCGCUCGAAAACUGAGGAUCUCAUAAAGCUUCCAUUCUCCGUAGAUUGUGGCGAAGACAAUAUAUGCAUAUCCAAUCUCGGUGUGAUGUUGUCUACUGAUUCAACUUUGGGCAAUAGAUACAUCAUUGGUUCUACACCGAUAAUUACUCUCCGCGUCGACGCUUACAAUCGCGGUGAACCGGCAUAUCAGACCAGAGCACGCAUCUUCACCGAGGUCUUAACGUUAGCGAGUAUCCCGCCCGAAUGUACGGAGAAUCCUCACGCAAGCAACACGCUGGAUGUAAUCUGCGAUAUCGGCAAUCCUCUUAGAACGAAUAAAACGUUAACACUGCAAUUGGACAUGAGCAUGGUAAGGUAUGAUGUUAAGAAGGUGGAAAUACGAGCGAAUAUUACUACUCAAAGCGAUGAGGCGAAUUGGGAUGACAAUAGUUACACCAUUACUGUAUAUUUUGACGUGGACAUCGAUAUAGCAAUCGCCGGGAAAGCACAAGAGAACUUAUACUCAUACCUACGCGAGGACGAGAAGAAACCGUUGAACAAUAUCAGGUUUCAGCACUUUUAUGAAGUGCAAAAGUUUGGUGCUAGUCCUAUUGAGGAGGUAAUGUUGAUUGUGAAAAUUCCGACGUACCUCCGCCGACCCGAUGCCGUAAUGAUUAUCAGUAUCAAUGAUACUAUCGGCAAAAUGGAUGGAUAUCAAUUUUAUUGCAGCGACUCAAAUCAAACCGAAAUACUUUCCGUCACAUCUAACAAGAUCGUAUCCAUGAAUGAUGUAAUUGUGAUGAAUUCGUCGACCGUCGUGAACAAUAACACGCACGCGAAAUUCAGCAUAGAAGAAAACACGCAGAUGAAUGUGCCAUCUGAAAACAGGACACUCUAUAUUAACUGCACAAGUAAUGCAAUUGAAUGCGUACAUAUCACAUGUAGACUGGGUCCAUUUUUAAGUUCUUUGUCUGUAGCGAAAUUUUUGGUGACGAUGGAUUUGCAAUUGUCAAGUUUUCCUGCUGACAUGCUCAACCACAAAGACAUUAUAUUUUACGUGACUGAAGGUAGCGUUAUUAUAACACAACCUGAUAACAUUGCUCAAAGAGAAGGUCACAAACCGGAUACUACUUUGGUUGCAACAACAUUUCUGGGUUCACCGAUAGCUCAAGGAAUAGCAGUGUGGAUAAUAGCGUUAUCGGUGAUUUUAGGAAUUGUAUUGUUGAUACUGUUAGUACUAGGUUUAAUAAAAAUUGGAUUCUUCAAUAGAAGAAAGAAGUUAGAACUCGAGGCGUUGAAAGCCGAGACUGACAAAAAGUAUAACGUGGUACUAGAAACAACGUCUUCCACAGCAACUCUUGAUCAUGACUGAAUACGCACAAAUAAAAUUUGUAGAA